AUGGCAGUCUUGCCGGACCCGCUGUCACGGAACACAAAGCAGAUUCGCGUGACCGAAGGCACCACACAGGCCUUGGCACAGGCAUUCUUCUUGGCGUCGUGUUGCAUUGCAAUGAUGCACAUGGGCGCCCUGAUCGUGGACAGGGUCGGCCUCGCUGAGUUCGCCAACAUCUACCUCGAGCACACAGGUCCGGGCUUCGAGUUUGCCGACGUGGUCAAAGACAUGCACCAAUCCCCAUGGUUGAAGAUUGACGCACGCGCGGCCUGCGUCUCCAAUCCGAAUGCCUCAAGACAGGAAGUGCAGGAGGCGAUUGCCUGGGGUUGCAAGCACCUACGCAUCUUCAGCUGCGACGACAUCGACAAAAGCUGCCAAAGUGACGUUUUCGCCAAAGGCGAUUGGGUCUUCAGCCGCUACUAUCGAUACACGUUGCACGAGUCCAGCGCACUGGAGCAGUGCAGCUUUGGGGGCGCGGCCAUAUUCGCCAGUCCUGAAGUGCAUCGACACUUCUCUUCAAGCUGCGUCCUGGGAGGACAUAGGUCUCAGUAG